AUGUCCCGCGCCUCGUCUGAAGCUGAUGCAGACAUAUUGGGCAAAUCUUGGACGUGUGCAAACAUCAGUUCCAGCACAUCAAACAUGGACUGCAAUACUGACUCAAACAGUGAUCUGGACGAGGAGUUUCCGGUGGUCCUCAACAUACCACCAGUAUCGCUCAAGCCCACCCCCUCACACAGACCGCCCAUCACAUCCUCUGCCCAUCCUGCUGUGAUGACCAUAAGCAGUGACUCUGAAGACGAUACUCCGUACGUCCCACUGGCCCUGCGCCUCAAGCAGCAGCAGCAGCAGCAGCAGCAGCAGCAGGAGCCAAGAGACAUUCUUCCACCCACAACAGAGCGUUCACCAAGCGGCUUCACAGAAAUCGUGGCGCUCCAGGCUGAAAGCGGCUCUGUGAGGGGGAGUGUGGCCACGUCCAGGGCCAGAGCUGGGAAGAGGAGCGCGGAGGACACCCUGAGGUCUGAGGUGGAGGAGCAGUGGAGGAAGCAGCCACAGCAGGAGCUCAAACAGAUGGACAAGGAGAAGCAGAGAAAAGACAAAGAGCAGGAGAAGGCCGAGAGGAGGGCUAUGGCCGAGGCCGUCAAAGCUCUCCGGCCCGAGGAGUGCCUCAAGUACAUAGUGGCAGUGGUGGACCCAGCGCUCUUACAGCUGGAGGGUGGGGGGACCCUGCUGUCCUCUCUCCAGGCUCUGGGCUGCUCCUGUGCCAUCGAGAAGCAGCCCCUCCCCCGCAGUGUGUCCUGGAGGCGGAGGACUCCCGGAGCUCAGUCAGGCACAGAUGCAGACGGUGUUCCAGAGGACCAGGUGGUGAUCCAGAUGACUGUGGACGACUUCAUCACCCUGAGCCACAGCUACAUCCAGGAGGAGCAGACGGGCCGGGCUGAGUGUGGCUGCACCCUCACCUCGUGGAUCCAGCUUCUGCAGAAGAGAAACCCACAGAAGCGGCUCAGCCUGGUGGUGCUGGGACUGGAGCAAUACUUCAGGUCACACAAGGCCCAGAGCCAGAAGAAGCUCCGGGAGGCAGUGGUGGGGGAGGAGGGCGGAGGGAAGAGGAAGAGGAAGAACGGAGCAGCGCCGGCGAGCCUCCCAGAGCUCAGUCGAGUGGAGCUGGAGGAGGCCGUGGUCCACCUGCAGCUGCACACCGGGGUCUGCGUGCGCUUCCUGUCCACCUGGAAGGACUUCACAGAGCACAUCACCAUGGCAACCAAAGCCGUGGCCGAGGCUCCUUUCAAGCGGGAGCGGGACAACACCGCCUUCUCCUUCCACCUGGAGUCUGAGUGGGCGGGGGGGCAGCGGGUGGAGCGUGGGGGGAAGGGGCUGCUGCAGGUGUGGAGGAGGCAGCUGCAGCAGCUUCACCUCGUCAGUGCAGACAUGGCAUCAGCCGUGCUCAGCCAGUACGCCUCACCGCGGCUUCUAACAGAGGCUUACCUCUCCUGUCGAACGGACCAGGACCGGAUGGCACUGCUGUCGGACAUCCAGAUCCGCAGAGGCGAGGGGGUGACAUCCACGGUGCGCAGGGUGGGCCCCGAGCUGUCCAAGCGCAUCUGUGUGCUCCUGACCAGUGCAGACCCGGAACACACUCUGGGCACCAGCGCCUAG